AUGUCCGAGGGAAGUCUAUUGGAUUCACUACAAGUAGUGCUUGGAAAAUGCAAUUUGAAUGUGGAGAGGAACCAAUUAGAGGUCGAGCAAUUAGCCGGUGGGUUGACGAAUGGAAUGUAUCUCAUCAAAAUUUCUGGCCAAAAACGAUGGGUGUAUCGCGUCAAUGGGACAGGAACGGAAAUACUUGUAGACAGAGAAGCUGAACGUCAAUUUUUACAAAUGGCCAACGAAUAUGCGAUUUGUCCUAAAGUUCUAUUUGUCGACGAAAAGAGGAUGUUGCAGGAAUUUUGUGAUGGUAUUACAUUGGGUCUUGAUGCAAUAGAUGACCCGAAUAUACACAGGUUGAUAGCGCGGAAAUUGGCUAGGCUGCAUGGACAUCCAAUUCAACCAUCUGCCCCAUGGUAUCCACAGGCAUUGCAAUCUUAUUUGAAAGAAUUAGACGAUGAGGAAAUGAGCAUAAUCGGCACAACAUUACUCAAAAUCCCCAAGGACACCAUAAUGACAUUAUGCCAUAAUGAUUUGAGAUUAAAUAAUGUUAUUUACCAGAGAGAAAAAGAGCAAGUGUUUUUUGUGGAUUUUGAGUAUGCUGGGUUGAAUUAUGCGGUCUAUGAUAUCGCACAUUACUUUUGGCAACAUAAUGGAGCCCAAAAUCGGAUGGACUUCCAAACUGUAAACCCGGAAAACCGGAAGCUAUUUGCCUCCGAAUAUUUGAGAGAACUAUACCAAAAAGCACCAACUAAACAUGAGGUUGAUGCACUCCUAAAGAACGUUCUCCACUUCGAAGCGGCGAACCACUUCUUAUGGAGCAUAUGGUCUCGGAUCCAGCAUAAAUUAGGCAACAGCACUGCCGUGUUUUCGUAUCAGCUGAAUGCGAGAGCUCGAUUCGAGUGUUAUGAAUACUGUUUAAAUCAAAUAAAGGCA